UGCAGCAGCGUGGUCUGCAGAGGGUUAAAUGAGCCUGAGCUGAAGGCGGCGGGCGGGCAGGCAGCAGUUUUGUGGGGGAGUUACCGAGUCUCGGGCUGCAGUAACAUCACAGCGCAUUCCAGAGCAGCCCAGAGCUGCCAGCGUCUUAUUAGGAGCCGGUGGAGGCUGUACGGGAAAAGCAGUCAGCUCGCCCAGCCUGUCAUCUAGUUAACGCUACGGUAUUAUCUGCCCUAUCCGCUCCACUGCUUCAGGAGGAGAAAUAGGAGAAGAAGGCUAUGGUUGGUGGUGAACGUGUUGCUGCUGUUUAACUUGAUAUUAUGGCACACGCAUAGCUGGACAUGGUCCAUUUCUGAGUCAGCCUUUGGUGAGCACACACCAGAGAGGAAAGAAAGAAAGAGAGCUGCUUUCGAUCGCCCCGUCACGUGAGGCCGGCCUACCAGCAUGUCUGCAGAGGUGGAGUCCAGCACGCCUCCGGCCGAGCAGGCACCCGUGAAAACGCCAUCCAAAAAAGAGAAGAAGAAGGCUGCAUCCAGCCCUGAGAAAACAGACGAGUUCCUGCUGGCCAGGUUCAAAGGUGAUGGCGUUCGAUACAAGGCCAAGCUAAUCGGAGUGGACGAUGUGCCUGAGGCCCGAGGGGACAAAAUGAGCCAAGACUCUAUGAUGAAACUGAAGGGCAAGGCGGCGGCUGCUCGCUCUCAGGGCAAACACAAGCAGAGAGUUUGGGUGAACAUCUCUCUCUCGGGAAUCACUAUCACGGACGAGAAAACGGGGGCAGUGGUGCUGGAACACGCGGUGAAUAAGAUCUCCUUUAUUGCUCGUGACGUGACUGAUAAUCGAGCGUUCGGCUAUGUGUGUGGCGCCGAGGGCCAGCACCAGUUCUUCGCCAUUAAAACUGCACAGCAGGCGGAGCCUCUCGUCAUUGACCUGAAGGAUCUCUUUCAGCUCAUCUUCAACAUGAGGAAAAAAGAAGCAGAGGGCUCAAAGAAGGAAGAACCAAAUAAAGUGGUAGAGAAUGGCAAUGAAGCUUCACAUACCAACAAUACAAAAGGUGUUGAACAGCUGGACUUGUUUGGAGACAUGUCGACCCCACCAGACUUACACUCUCCCUCGGAAUCUGAGGACAUCCUCUUGCUGGAUCUGUCCACUGAGAUAGACAGCAACCAGAACUGUGUGAAAGGAAACCCUUUUACCGGCUGCUCCUCUUCCUCUGCCCUCAGUGUCCAGUCCAGCCUCUCGCCUGAAAACCCCUUCUCCUCCCAGCACAGCUUCUUCCCCACCCCCAGCCAUGACCCCUUCAGCGACGACCCCUUCUCCAAAAACGGCGGCCGCUCAGCGACCGCUGCGCUCAACCACAGCUCCAGUCACUAUUUCAACGGCGGCCCUGCCAACGGCGACUCCGACUAUCUUGCCCAGCAGUUCGACCAGCUCUCCAACAGGACAGUCAUCCAGGCGCUCAGUAACGGCCAGUGGCCACUAGAUGCCAGAGCAGCGGAGGUGGACGCCUGGACUCAGAAUGGCAUACCUGUCAGGGAGCAGAACGGCCAUCACGGGACCCCAAACCCGUUUGUAGAGUCUGGGGAGAAGAACCAGCCUGUGCAGAACGGAGUGAAGCACGAGAACGGAGUCAAGCCCGAGCCGGCCACCAAGCAAACCAAGGAUUCAGUCAUCAUAAGCCCACCUCCGCUCAACACGAAAGCUGGCCGGGGCAGGAGGGCUGUUAAGUCCCCAACAAACGAACAGGCUGCAGUAGAUCCGUUCACUUCCUCCAGCCAGUCAGAAUCACCACCAUCUCCUCCACAGACAGACAGCACCCCAGCAAACUCCACCCCCUUUUUCAACAAGAGCCCCAGCAGCUCAUCAGAUGCCAUUGCAGGCCUCGGUGGAUUGUCUCUUGGACCCCCAUCUUCUGUUCCCACUCCUGGUGUAACUCCAUGGAGUCAGCCUCUCUCCUCCAUCUUGCCCUGCUCAAACAACGUCUCCCAGCCUUUCGUUCAGCCUCCACCCUUAUCCACCUCUCCAGUGCCCAACUGGGGUGGCAGUUCUGGUGUUUUUGGGACCUCCUCCACUCAGCAGCUGCCAUCCUGGGGCCAGACAGCCACCCCUGUCACUAAUGGAUCCUGGACCCAGAACUCCACUUUAGGAAAUCCUUUCCAGACCAGCAUCUUCCCUCCUCCAUCUUCAAACCUUAUGCCUGGGGGACAGCAGAGCCCUAGCCCACCUCCCCAGAUCCCACCUCGAGCCGCACCUGGUAAAGAGCCCCCUAAGAUUGACAGUAAUGCCUUUGUACACCUGGAUCCCUUGGGAGAAAGAGAAAAGAGGGACAUCAAGGACAUGUUCAAGGAUUUCCAAAUGGCCAAGCCGCCCAAUGCUCCAUUGAGGAAUGAGCCAAUAAAAGUUGGUGGCCAGAACCUUUUUGAUAACCCUUUUGGAGCUGGUCUGUUUGGAGGGCCAACAACUGCUACAACUGCUCCUGCCAUCAAGGCAGUGGGAUCUGAUCCCUUCAGAGACCCAUUUGGAAACCCCUUUGCAUGAUGGCUAUUCUUGUCCAUGUGUCCACAAGGCUCAAGGGCUCCUUUUGAACCACAAGGCUUUCCCCCAAAAAUGCGACCUGUUCCAGAGCAGAUCUCCAAGGCCUGGUGCUGCAGCCAUCCAUUCCUAAAGCUCCCCUUUAAACUCUCUACCCGACCCGAUGAAGUAGCACACAGACUCAGACCAACCUACAUGCAGUACUUGACUCCAUGACCAUGUCCUGUCUGGGAGGUAACUGGUAGUGGUUGCUUUGGAUUAUAUGAUUAUAUGGCGCUCUGCUAGUGGUUACCGUAGCCACUGCCAAAAAAGCACAAAGUCCAGCAGAGGAGACGAGUGAGUUCUCAUUGCACAAAUAAACGGAAGAAGACUUUGUUUGAAGACAAGUGGACAAACAGGAGCAUGCCUUACGUCACUCUUUUGUUCUUCAGUGCAGUAUUAUUCCUUGUUUUUGUGUAAUCCUUGUUUUUUUUCCAGAUGCUUUAUGAGUUUGUGUUUAUUUUAAACUGUGGGGUUUAUGACAGACAUAAUCAAUGAUAUAGUAGUGAGAUUUCUUCAGAUGAGCUGAACUUCCCAUUAAACAUUAGUCCUUCACAUUACUUGGUAAUUAUUAUUAUUUAAUGAUAUCUAAAUACCAACUGACAUGAUUUGAUUUGAUGAUGAACUCUGGACUGACAAAUAAUGUCACCUUGGUUUAAAAUGCUUUCCCACCAGUCUGCUCCACAUUGGUGACACCUGCACACACACACACUACUGUUCAAAAGUUUGGAAUCGCCUGUCAUAUUCAACAUUUUCUUAUUUAUAUACAAUGUUUUAGACAAUCCAGAUAUUCAUGUUGAAAUAAAUACCAAAAGAAUAUUUUAUUCAAAAUUUCUGUUUGGGAGGGUGUGAACACAGUAAUUGCACUCAGAUGAGGACAUUCUUCCUGUAUUUACUUUUUUCUGCUCUGACCCUGACAGAUCUAACAAAUAAGAGGUGAGAACAUUCUCACAGGGUUCGUCGUGAUGUUUUUUGGUGUGCUUUGAUUUUUCCGGUGUAAAAACAAACCAGACCAGGGGGAAUACGUUCGAAGUUUACAAAUUGUUCAAUGAUUUAGCCAAUGCAGACUUAUACAAAAAUUGUGAAAAAACCCAAAGGUGCUUCAUACUGCUUCAUAAAUAUGGUUCUUUAUUAAAUCAAAAUGGCUCUUCCAUGGCUAUUGCACAGCUUCUUUUAUCAUUCUGGCCACAAAAUUCAUCCCAGCUAACAGAGAAUUCGAUAUAUAUUAGAAAGUUUAGAUAUUUAGAUAAUUUAAGGUUCCAGAAAGGUUAGUCUGUAACGUUACAGAAAUAAUGUUCCAGGAAUGUUCUGAAAACGUUGUGGCAUAAUAGUAGUUUGCAUCACAGCUUCAUUUUUAGAGCGUUUCUCACAUAACGUUCCAAACUAGUCGAAUAGGGACAUUAUGGAAACAUUAAAAGUAACAUUCCCUAACCUCCUAAGACCUGAACAGUUGCAUGGCAUGCAUUUUUUUCUCUUUGCAAUUUAGGGCUAAUUAGCACCUGAUUAGUGUAAAAAAAACAAAUAUUUAUUAUCUUUUUACAUGAUGGAGUUUCUGAGAAGAAUGAUGUCCACAUAUGAGGACUUUAGUUUUAUAUUUCUAUAAAACACAAUGAAGUCGCAAUUAGUGUUUAACUGAAACACAUUUUGUGCUUGAACAUUUACUGUAUUUACAGUUCAUUUAAAUUUCUGAACAAAAAUCUUUGAAAUUUUUACGUGCUAAACUUCUGCCACCACUAGGUGACAGUAUAAUGGCCUCAUGAGAGGACAAGAGGCCCUUGUAGAGCAAACAUUUUGUGUUGUUGUUUAGACAAUCCAAAAUGUGAUGUCCACACAAAUAUUGAAACAUAGACACAUGUGACAUUGCAGAGACAUUACCAGAACAUUAAAAAAAACAUUAAAUAAAAACAAAAUAAAUAAGAAACAAGAACAUCCUGACAACUUAACAGAUUGAACGUUCUAAGAAAGUUUGCUGUAACGUUCAAAUUUUUUUUUUUUUACUAACCAAAAAUUCUUUGCUGACUACAUUGAUUCCAAACCAUUGAAUGGUAGUAAACCCAGUUUCUCACCGCAGCCACGAUCUCCAUUCACUGCUCUGUUAUUCUGUUAUUUAAUUCAGUGGACUGAGGUGUCCUGUUCCACUCUGUACUCUGUGACUAAGUAUUACGAGUCUUAAACUUCUCUAUUCUGUAUCUCUAUUCUCUAUUUGUGUUCAUUUGUUUUGCACGGACACUUAUCAGUCCGAAUCCUUCAGGUAGUGCUUGUACGAUACAAGGACAAAGCCGACGACUCAGCCUGGGUUUUGCUGCACUGUGUGUCGAGCUGAGCAUCGAGACCCAUUACAAUACUACAAUACGAUGUUCCACCAUGUUACUCUGUCCAGAUGACAUCAAAAACACGUACGGGAAGAACGGAUGCAGCACUGGGAGGUGAAGCGACUGGAGGCCUUCAUUAAUCACCGGCGUGCUUUCACCUCUGUGACUUUAGGGGUCAAAGAAACGGACGGAAAAGGAUCCAGAUGAUCCAUCCACCUGUACUGUACUGGAAGUUGAAGCAGGCCUUGUCAUAAAGAGCUAUUAGUGUGUUUGGAACUGUGCGUACUGUAUUUCUGUGUACAUAUAUAAAUAUAUUUACUCUAUUGUGCACUAUUGCCAUUUAUCUUGGAUGUUAUAUAACUGAAGCCAAUCAAAACUGUAGUUGUUGCAAUAAACUGGAAUUUCAGUUAGUGGAAUCUGUGGGCUCUAAAAAGUGCUCUAUUUAUCUGUAACACAAUUCCUAUUGGAGUAUAUUCUGAUAUGCCUUAGAAUAAAGUCAUGACUGGCUCUGUAAUAAAGGUCUGCGUGUCAGUGGUACCGUU